CCCCGGGGCCCUGCUCACCACCCCAUAAGCCCCACGCAGCCCCCCAAGGGCUCACCUGGCUACCCUCCCCACCUGCGGCCACAGCAGGGCCAUGGCCCUCCCCACUCAGGUCAGCAUGGUCCCCCUCAUGGUGGCCCACCUCAUGGGCCGCCCCAUGGCCCACACGGCCACCCUGUCAAUGGGGAGGAGAGAUGGGAUCCCCGUGAUCCAAGAGCUCCACACCAUCCCGACAUGCGCAGGGAGGGGUGGGGUGUGGGACGCCCCGACAUGGGGAUCAGAACACCCUCAGGCCCCUCGUCUGCUGGCUCAGCUGGCAGUAGUGGCCAGCAUGGGCCAACUCCCCCUCCUCCCCAUCACCAGAGUCUUCAUAAUGGACACCCACCUCAUCCUCAGGGUGGCCGUCCCCCUGCGCAGCUACCGCCAGAGGCAGGAGGCCCACCUGGCCACCCAAAUGGACCCCACUAUCCCCCCCAUGCUCACCCUGGCCAACACCCUCCCCACCACCCCCACUCAGGCCCCUACCCGCACCCCAGCCAGCACCCACACCAGCCCAACCACCACCCAGGCCAGCAUCCCCACCAGUCUCCACCUGCACAGCGGCCGUACCACCGUGGACCUCAGCCGCUGCCACCCCCUCACCAGUCUCCUCACGGUGCUCCUCCUCACCACAGCUCUCAGAGCCACCUUCAUCAGCUACAUCUUCAGCAGCAACAGCAACAGUCCCAGCAUCAACAACAGCAACAGCAGCAGCAACAGCAUCAACAGCAGCAUCCACCACAGCAGCAACAUGAGCAGCAUCAACAGCAGCAGUUACCCCCACCACCUCCACCACAUGGGGUGCAAAAGUUGCCACAGCAGCCACACCAGGUCCCACCUCAUGGGCAGAUGUAUGCAAAGCCACCAGCUCCAGCACCAGAACAGAUUUCUCCCCCCAACAAAGGAUCCCCCAAUGUACAACAAGAUCACAAUGGAAACCGAUUUGACCCUCAAUCGACCACACAAGCUCCGCCUCAGGUAAAGUUACGAGACCGCAAAGCCAGCGGUGAUGGCAAAGAAGGGGGUAGUGCAGGAAGUGGUAGUGCCCAAGUCAACAACAAUACAACCACACAACCUGGGAAGUCUCCGCCAGGAUUCUCCACCCAAGGGAACUCGGUUCAGCAUCACCAGUCAAACAAACCACAUGAUCAGCAGAGAUUAUCACAUGAGCAGUUCCGAGCAGCUCUUCAGAUGGUUGUGAGCCCAGGAGAUCCCAGAUACAACUUGGAUAAUUUCAUUAAGAUUGGUGAAGGAUCAACAGGCAUUGUUUGCAUAGCCAGUGAGAGAGAAACUGGCAAUCAGGUUGCAGUGAAGAAGAUGGAUCUGCGGAAGCAGCAGCGUCGUGAACUGCUCUUCAAUGAGGUGGUCAUCAUGAGGGACUACCACCACCCAAACAUUGUCGAAAUGUAUGACUCCUUCUUGGUGGAGGAUGAACUGUGGGUGGUGAUGGAGUUCCUUGAAGGGGGAGCACUUACAGACAUAGUCACUCAUGCGAGAAUGGAUGAAGAACAGAUUGCAACGGUUUGCAGACAGUGCCUGAAAGCAUUGGCUUACCUCCAUUCACAAGGAGUCAUCCACCGUGACAUAAAGAGUGACUCUAUUUUGCUUGCAAGUGAUGGCAGGGUGAAACUCUCAGACUUUGGCUUCUGUGCUCAAGUGUCCCAGGAGCUGCCAAAGCGUAAGUCUUUAGUGGGCACACCAUACUGGAUGGCACCAGAGGUUAUAUCACGGCUGCCCUAUGGCCCAGAAGUAGACAUUUGGUCACUUGGCAUCAUGGUGAUUGAGAUGGUUGAUGGUGAGCCUCCAUUCUUCAACGAACCCCCCUUGCAAGCAAUGAGACGUAUAAGGGACAUGCCACCGCCCAAACUAAAGAACUCUCAUAAGAUAUCACCACGGUUACAAGGAUUCCUGGAAAAGAUGCUGGUUCGUGAUCCUGGUCAGAGAGCCACUGCAUUUGAGCUCCUCCAACACCCAUUCCUUCGUCAGGCUGGUCCUCCCUCCCUCCUUGUGCCACUGAUGAGGUCGUUCAGACAUUCUCCAUGUUGAGCUCUUAAUUCUUAUGCAUUUGAAGAUGGUAAUAAUUGUUUUGAUAGGUAUGUGCCUUAGCAAGAACUUACUUGGUAAUUCUGGAUGCUUAAAACUGCCUUAUAUGCUUAAAAAUGGGAAACCCACGUCGUAAUUACCAAACGUCGUAAAAAUGUUGAAACUGCACUGUGAUGAUCUGGAAUGUGACAGGUGCAGCUGGCAGAUAUAACUUAUAAGUUCUAUUUUUGUGAUGACAGCAAGAAUACUCAAGGAAAUUUUAUUAAGACUCGUUAAGUACUGCUUCAUAUAUUUUAGGAAUCAAGCAGUAUGCUAUGCCUUUUUUUACUCUUCAUGAAAUAUGACAUGAAAUGGUGACUCAGCACUAGCAGCUGUAUGCAAGGUGUGUCCACAUUGGCAGCUUAACGGUGUACACAUAUUACAUAUGGAGUGAAAAGCAUCUUCAGAAAACUAUGUAUUCCAGCCCUACACAUUGUUCCUAAGGGAUUUGUAACCAAGCUGUAUUUUUGUAUAGAUAUAUAUUUACUUUAUAAAUACGAAUAUUUCAUAUCACCAAAGAGGCUUUUAGUAAUUGCUGAAUGUAGACAGAUGUGGUGGGCAUACUAAUAAGCAAAGGAAUGUUGCCCACCACUAGUUAAGUUUUGUAGUUGUACGUAUGAUCUGCCAUAUAAGCCCCUUUCAGGCCCACACACAUGUAUAUGCUGGGCAGCUAUGAGUUCCAAUGAUAAAAAACUAAAGUGCCCUAAUUGAAAUAAUCUGGGCUGAAAGAGACCAUUCCAGUACAUAUGACUUGUUUUUUUCUCUGUCUUGUGCUUCAGUUUAAGUCUUUUGAAGCAGUAACAGGGAGCAUGUAGAUAGAUUGUAAUUUUGAAUGACAUUGUAUCUGACAGUGUAAGAAAUUCUUGCCAUUAUUUUUUUGUUUCAUUUUUGUAAAUAUAUCUGUACAUGCCUUGUUGAUUUUAUCAUUUGUAACUAGCAUUUAAUACUUGUACAGCUCAUUCCAUCACAUAGGCAGUGUAAUUACUGCUGUUUUAAUAUAAUGUUGACCAGAAACAGCUUUGAGGGGUAGUAAGAGAAUCCUAAAGUCAUGACAUAAAUGGCCCUUCUUCAGUAGUUAAUUUGUAAUUUAUGUACAGAUUCAUUGCCGUAAAAGACAGCAUUAUUUCCCACUUGUAAUUUUACAAAGGCUUUCUUUCUAAUUCACCAUAUUUUAAGGAUGUAAAGUUUGUUUCAGACACUAAUGGAACCAUUCAUUUUCACUGAUAAUGUAUCUGAUUGAAUUGUUUGUGACAUCAUUAAUGAAUUACUGAGCCAUUAACAGUAACUUCAGGCAUGAAUUAAGACCUCUUUGCUGUUCCCGCAAGCUGUUGAUAAUCUUUCUCAUAGGAAUAUUGUUUCUUGUCAAAUGUAAUUUUAUAUUGUUACUUUUUUGUUUAUUAUGAUUAUCACUAUCUUUUAAUGCAGAUACAGAAGAUAUGAAAUGACUCCAUAUUUUACUUUUAAUUUUUCUUGAAUAUGUUAAGGAGCCACUCAAAAUUGAUUUUCGUGCCUUAGGAGUGUGCCUGCCAUGGCAAAGCUGGAGACGGUUGUAAGAACCACAAUUACGAGUAGCUGAUUCACUCCUGAACCAGGACUCGCCCCAGAGGUCACUUAGAAGUUGAUGAUGUGACUUGCAAAUUUAGCAAAUUUAUGUGCUUUGUUAUUUUUUACAUGUAAACAUGUAAACUUUGAUUGUUAAAAAAUGUUUAUAGAGACUAGUAAUUGCAAGUGUAUAAUGUACCUGUAACAUAAAUGUAGAGUGUAUAAUACGUGUACAAUGAUCAUUAGUGUGGUGUGCCGUCCUCUGUAACUUUGCUUCCGUCCCCAAUGCUUUGUCUCCAGUGAAUGUCCGCAUAUUCAGUCAUCCCGUCCAUACUGAUGCCUUGAAUGUUGUAUGUUGUGUGCACAUUGCUAAUAUUUGGAGUGGCAGAUAUAUGCUGUUUAUAGACAGUUGAAAAAAUGCUCAGAGGAAAUUAUUGUUUUGUAAGGGAGGGUUCUAUACACAUAAUUUUACAGUAUUGCACGCUAAAAUAUUUAUUUUAGUGAUGUAUCUAUUUUUAUGUCUUUUUUAUUAUCAAAUGUCAGAACUGUGUAUUUAAUGUAUUGGUAUUUUUAACAUAAUUUUUUUUCUUACUUUUAUGAUGGUGAGCAUAAAAAAAAAUAUAUAUGCUUCAUAUGAACAAAAAUGCUUUUUAGAGAGUUGUCACUCUCUAAUCGUAAUGAUAAUAAUCACUAAGUAUUAGAUAAGAAUAACUCUUGUCUGUUUUAAAGUAAAAGUAUCAAGGAAAAGAAAGGAGCAGUAGUAAUAUGAACAGAAAAAUUUCAUGCUCAAACUGAGGCAGCUUCAUGCAUAAUUAUUUGGCUGAGCUGUAGAACUUUUUAGGUAAUGAGUCUUCUAUUUUAUUUUAUUUAUCAUACCUAUCUUCAUUUAUUUAUUUUUGUUGUUUUAGGGGUCUUUUACUGAGCAUUAAGGUGCAUUGUAAUUACUCUGAAAUAGAAGGGAUCACUUUGUUUUAGCCCUUAAUAGGUCACAAUGUAUAUUGCAGCCAAGUCACACUGUACAUAAUUACUCUCAUACUGUGUUGUUGGAAUAUGCCACGUGUAUGCUAAUCUUUCAUUCCCAUUUAGUAUUAGCUUGUAUAUCCCCCUCUUCUGUGAACAGACAGUAAAAAGAUAUAUAUAUAUAUGCCAUAAGCUCAGGCCUUGGAGACGUUUGUGUUUUUCUUAAAAUCAUUAUGUUAUUGCUCAUUACAGAAUACACACUUCCGUAUGGUUAAUUUUU